UUAAAAAAAAAACUUAAAAAAUAAUUUUUUUUUUUUUUUUUUUAAAAACUUAAAAAAUAUUUUGGGCCCUGGUGAGUCAUUUGACCCACCAGGCAUAAGGCCAAGUCCGCCAAUGGUGGGAACCCAACAGUUACAACUGCCACUACCAUCAUCUUCAUCUUCAACUUGUUCAACUAGACUUUCUUCCAUUUUAUCUCACCACUACGAUUGCCGUAGCACCACCACCUCACUGCUUUUCAACCGCAGCAGCACCAACACCAACACCAUUCUCUCUCUUUCCCUCAACCAUGUCAACCACCGUCGUUCAAUUCAGCACGGCCGUGUUGGUAUGGAUGACUCGGCUAUUCCGGCUACCACUACCGCUUUCGAGGAUCACGAAGACGAUGUAGAACCCGAACCUACUCCUGAGGAUCUCGAAUACAUUAGCCAAAUUAAAAGAGUUUUGGAGCUUCUCAGGAAAAACAGGGACAUGUUUUUGGAGAGCGGAACAAAGUUGAUUGAUAUUAUAGGAACUAGGAAGUAUAUGGACUUUGGGAAAAAAAAGUGUGUUCCAUGA